GACUGACAAGGAUUUUGCCGAGGUUGAGAGCAGUAAUUGACAACGCGGACGCUGGUACUUAUAGUUUAUAGGUAAAGUGGACGUACUAAACUCUUAGCAGGUAAAUGUGAGAGCAAGAGCCAAUAUAACAGCCUUAAAGUCUAUUCCUAAGCACCUACUUAUUGUUCUUAUGACGAUACUGAAGGUGAGCAUGAGUCUGCCUUCUAGUGUCCACACUACAUUUUCAUCUACAUUAUAAUGUAGGUUACCUUGCAUUAUAAACAGUUCUAUAUGCAGCAUUGACCUAAAAUAAUCUAUGAAAUGUGCAAGAGGAUUUUUUGCUGUCCAAUAUCACUUAACUUCGAAACAAAAAAGUAGCCGUGCUUACUUUUCCACUCAAUUUUAAUAACCAAAUAGUAAUUAUGCAAAUAAACAGCACAUUCGAAACUACAUUCUGCAAGCUUCAUAAAAACAAGUGCCGGUUACAUCUAAGUUUACGUCUGCGGUUACGUUGAUGUUCGCCGAGCAGUGAGCGGUAGUGACGCCACUGACGAUCAACUUAAUGCCUCUCAUUUAUUAGUUAGCAAAAACCGUGGCAGCAAACAAUAUCAGCAACAAGAGCAUUGAUGUAACAGCUGUUGCGCCGCGCAGGGGGACGAUACUUUUCUCUCGAGUUUCUCCGGCGGCGCGCGCGCAGUCGAACCUCCGCCGCGGAAAAACACGCGCGUCUUUACUCUUCGCGUUAAUCUUACUUCACGCUCAAGCAACUUAUGAGCGAAAUUAUAGGAUUAUAUUAAGAAAUUUGUGUGAAAACCCCAGUUAUAAAAGCGAGCAUUGUGUUUGUGUAAUUGAUAGGUCGAUAGAAAGUUGGUUAACUUGUUGCCUGGGUGAACAAACGUUUAACACGGUAUAUUACAAGUGGUGCACCGGAGCCGGUGGACUAACUGUAAGGCGGUCGUGAAUGCCGGGCCGCAUGGAUGGCGGCGCACGCCUGCCGCUCGAUCGCGUUACUGCUCACUGCACUGACGCUGGUCGUAGCCAAAUAUGCUGAGUUAGAAUCAUGGCGGGGAGCAGGGCGGCCGGCCACGGCGGCGCAGGAGGCCGAGGACGAGAAACGAGAUAUCGAGCUUCUGGAGGCAGUCAAAGAGUCCAUGAGAGAAUGGGAGAUGAAAAGAGCGAGAACCAGGAGUAAGAGGUCGCAAGGCAGUGUGUGCUACGGAGAGUUUGGAUGUUUCGAGGAUGCUGGGCCAUUUGCGUACCUGGAGACACUGCCCAGCCCGCCGCAGGAGGUCGGCACGCACUUCCUCCUGUACUCCACUGUCAGCCGAGGAGACCAGCCUCUGCUUGCCGUAUCAGCGAGCAACAUGUCGGCGGCGUGGGGCUGGGCGGCGCGGGCCUUUGAGCCCAACCGGCCGACGCGGGUCAUCGUCCACGGCUUCGGCUCCAACUGUGACAACGUCUGGGUCUACGAAAUGAGGUCCGCUUUGAUGGCCGUGGAAGAAUGUAAUGUCGUUUGCGUGGAUUGGGAGGGAGGUGCUACAAUGCCAAACUAUUUGAGGGCAGCCGCGAACACAAGGCUUGUUGGCAAGCAGCUGGCAAUGUUGUUGCAAGGUUUCGCCAAGCAUAUAGAUUUGCGGUUCGAGGAUGUCCAUCUCAUCGGUUUCAGUUUAGGAGCUCAUGUUGCUGGGUUUGCGGGCUCUGAAUUGAGAAAUAUUAGUCGAAUAACAGGAUUAGAUCCAGCCGGACCACUGUUCGAGUUUCAGGAUCCCCGCGCUCGCUUGGACCGCUCUGAUGCAAAAUUCGUUGAUGUUAUUCACUCUAACGGUGAAACUCUCAUACUCGGCGGCCUGGGGGCUGCUCAGCCGCUGGGACAUGUAGACUUCUAUCCGAAUGGAGGACGGGUGCAACAUGGGUGCUCUAAUUUAUUCGUCGGCGCAGUAUCUGACUUCGUCCUACCUUGGGCAGCCGCAUCCCCCGAGGGCCGGUCUCUUUGCAACCACAGGCGAGCGUACAAGUUCUUCACCGAUUCUGUCUCACCCAAGUGUCACUUCCCUGCUUUUCCUUGCGCGGAUUAUGACACCUUCUUAGAGGGCCGAUGCUUCCCUUGCGACGGCGAACGACGUUGCGGCAACAUGGGUUACUAUGCUGACAGAUCCCUGGGACGUGGUCAGCUGUAUUUACUUACGAGGGAGGAAGAACCUUUUUGUGCGCAUCAGUAUCACGUUUCGGUCUGGGCCGGCAGUGCGACGGGAGAGAAAGCGAACUAUGGCCGAGUCACGCUGACCUUGCACGGAGAUUCCGGACUCAACGAGUCCUUCCCAAUGACAAAACGCGAGGACAUUACGAACGGCAGCGCUCGCUUUACGCGGGUGUUAGUCCCACACCCAGCGUUGGGAGUGCCUUUAAGAGCCACUGUCCAGUACGCAGCUUACUCCGGAUGGUUGAGCGCAAGUUCCAAGUCCAUCCACAUACAUAAGCUCCUCAUCACCGACAGCUUUGCUAAGACAUCUUCAUUCUGCAAGAAGGGAAUCCAGCUAUUGUCUGAAGAAUCCAUCGAAAUGCAUCUUUACCCCGGAGACUGCGAAAUUCAACAGGAAGAUGAGCUACUCAAUGCGACGAGCAGCAAUCACGGAUUUAUCAAUAAUAAAGACAACAAUACAAAGGACGAAGGCAACACAAUCGACCCCGUUGACAACGAGCUUCCCGAAGACAACCCUCAAAGACCGUUUGGUCUCGUCGACACUUACGAAUGGACAGGCGGUGAAAACACUGGAAGGGCUUUCGGUAUGACCAACACCAAGACCGCUCCUAGCGGGGCCAUAGAAAUAGCUGAACCAGUGCUUCGACCGCGGCUCCGCAAAACUCCUCGCCAACGAGCUGACUCGCCGGACGAACAAGAGAUAUCUGAACCAUUGUUACGAGCAACACGACCACCAAGAACAACGACGCCAUCCCCCUUACGAAGAGCCAAAAACUACGACAUGUCGACUACCCCAACAUACGAAACUGUCACAUGGGGCGAACGAGCAGAAAAAGAUGAACCAGGGUUCGUCGUGCAAUUCCUGCCAUCUAGGCUGGCGUCAUUCAUAUCGAGAGCCGAGCGUUAUGCCCGAGAUACUCUCCUACCACUAGUGUCAGCCUAUGCACCGCGCUUGCCAAUAUUCGGGACACGAGAAGUUCCAAAACCUACCGCCAGAUUUAUCCCUACCGAGGAGCUAAACGCCACAAGUUCCGUACCGGUACCGACCCCAACACUGGAAAUGAAGAUUGAAACUCUGAGGACAGUUGGACCCCCUGGAACUAAACGCGAGGUAGAAACUCCUGAAGAGCCAGAGAUACCUGUUACUACAACAACAACGACAACUAGUACGACAACACCACCGAGUACCACAACCACCCAGAGAAUUCGAGCGUCACCAACGGAAAUGCUAAAAAUAGUACCUGGACCUGCAGCAGGCUCCAGCACUGCCUUACCUCCCGUAGCAUUAAGAAGUGAGGGCGAAAAAAUAGUCAUCGUGUACCCAAGCAACGGUAGAGACGAAAGGAAGAUUCGAUCACAUUCAUAUCCCGAAGAGCUGCAGUUCGAAGCACUCUACCGCCACACCGGGUCGCCUACUGACUUGCGCGUGGACCUUCCCACGUUCGCGCCGCCUACCACGACGAUGGCUCCCAGUACUACGUCACAGGCUAAAUCUGAUGCCAGAUACAUUCCAGUGGGCUAUGUUCAACCGGGACAACACAUAGAUUCUAAUUCUAAGCAAACGUAGCUAAUUCUUUCAUGAGACUGUAUGGUACCUACUUUUUAUGUUGUAAAUACCACUACAAGUUAGAAGUAUUUUUGUACAUAAUCUU